CACACAAUAUCGUCUCAUUAUACGGCAACAGCCAAAACAGGCUCGAUUAUGUAGUCUAAAAGAACGAGAUCGAAGACCUGUUGAUCCUCCUCCAAUUAUUCAAUUCAAAGUGGAUAGUUGUGGUGAUGAAGCACAGAAUUACCUUCAGAGUCCAUAUUAUUUUAUGUGUGCAAAUCUUGUUCAUCCCUCUAAUAAUAGUGACCAUUUCGCAAUUUCGUCUAAAUAUCUUGCCGGUACUAUAGUUUCUUCUCUUCACAAACUCAAAGACAUUGAUAAUUCCGAUGGCGGCUUUUUUGUAUUUGGUGACAUAUCCGUGCGAAUUGAGGGUCGUUAUCGCUUACGAUUUAGUUUAUUCGAAAUUAUAAAACAUUCGGACAUUGCAGAAGGUGAUGACGAUAAUGGUAUCAGUGAUGGUUUAGACGCGAUCGAGAUUUCAAGAAAGAGAAGCAUAAAUUUGCCUUCUGCGACUUCUACGUUGGAUGUGCAACAUGCAGAUACUUCGUGCUAUUUGCAACAUUCUCCAAUG